CUGGCCGCUCGCGGGUGCCAUUGCCUGCCUGAGUCACGUGCUGAGGGGAAGCGGGAAGGCGUCGUUCUUCUUUCCUAGGCCCCCUCCCAUCCGCCAUGUUUUCUGGCCGGGUCAGCCUUGGUCUUUCCCCGUAAGGAAAUGGCCGGGGAGCUUCAGAGAACCCAGGCGCCGUUGCCUCGGCGGAGCCCGGGCUGACGAGGCAGGGCAGCAGGGUAAACCGGAGCAGUUCUGCGCGGGGUGGGGAGGCCAUGGCGUCCAGCAGUAACUGGCUCUCCGGGGUGAAUGUCGUGCUGGUGAUGGCCUACGGGAGCUUGGUGUUUGUACUGCUAUUUAUUUUUGUGAAGAGGCAAAUCAUGCGGUUUGCAAUGAAAUCCCGAAGGGGACCUCAUGUCCCUGUGGGACACAAUGCCCCCAAGGACUUAAAAGAGGAGAUUGACAUUCGACUAUCCAGGGUCCAGGAUAUCAAGUAUGAACCUCAGCUCCUUGCGGAUGGUGAUGCAAGACUGCUGCAGCUGGAAGCGCAGGGAAAUCAGAACUGCUACAACUAUCUGUACAGGAUGAAAGCUUUGGAUGCCAUCCGCGCCUCUGAGAUCCCAUUUCAUGCUGAAGGCCGGCAUCCUCGUUCCUUAAUGGGCAAGAAUUUCCGCUCCUACCUGCUAGAUCUUCGAAACACCAGUACACCUUUUAAGGGUGUGCGCAAGGCGCUCAUUGAUACCCUGCUAGAUGGCUAUGAGACAGCCCGCUAUGGGACAGGGGUCUUCGGCCAGAGUGAGUACCUGCACUAUCAGGAGGCCCUCAGUGAGCUGGCCACUGUGGUGAAAGCACGAAGUGGGAGCUCCCAGCGACAGCACCAGUCUGCAGCCAAAGACCUAACCCAGUCUCCUGAAGUCUCCCCCACAACCAUCCAGGUGACAUACCUCCCCUCCAGUCAGAAGAGUAAACGUGCCAAGCACUUCCUCGAGUUGAAGAGCUUCAAGGACAACUAUAACACCCUGGAGAGCACUCUGUGAUGGGGCCGAGGGACUGCUGUGCCCGCCCGGCGGCCCUCCGCUCAGCUGGCUCAGCAGGCCCAGCCUGCGUCAGCCAAACUCCCGUCGGCCAGAGCUCUUAGCGCUCGUGCCUAGGGCUUCAUUCUCCAGCCUUUCUUAGGGCCAGUUUCCAAACAUCGGAUAAGACUUUAUUUGCCCUUGGUAGUACUUCUUUCUGGAGUUGAAUUCAGAUGUUUCUCUUAAUGGUUCUGUCAAAGCUCCCUUAAAAAUCCUCACUUGAUUUUGAUCAUAAUUCAUCUGCCCUUUUCCAAACUAUAGAUAAUCCCAAGGGUGAGAGUUGGGGUGACAGGGCUUGGUGUCUUCCGUAUUACCCCUUUGUACAUGGUUGAAUGGGAACCAUUUGGGCUUGACACAUCCUAAGAGCUGAUUGGUGGGAAAGGCAGACAGGAGCUGGUGGGGAGUCAGGUGAGGCUUUGAGUGGCGUGGGGAACACUACCCGGUGCUGCACUUAAACCAGGACGUGUUAAACGUUAGCACAACUUCCCUGGCUCGCACGGCUCGGCCCUUCCACUUUCAUUCCACACUGUUGUGCAUAAAUUGAAAAGGGAGCGUUUUGACACCUGACAUAAUUCCAUCCCCCCUCCUCUAUUGGGGAUACUGUGGGACAAUGUGAAAAAAUGGUCAGACCAACGCAGUGGUUUGACUUUAUAAAUUGUUUAAUAAAAGGAACAAUUAGAAAAUAAA